AUGGGCUGCUGCGCAUCGACCCCAUCAUCGCCUUACCCUGCUCAGGAAGGUCACUCAUCCUCUCGCGCAAUAACAUCCUCGCAACCUGAAUCGCAGUCUGCCCUUCCGAGACCCUCUACCAAUGCAUCCAGUCACAGCAACCAUCAACCUCGCCCCGCUCACUACCUUCAAUACGGGCAUCCAAGGCCGGGGAACAGCGCUGAAACCAGUGCCCGAAAUAACACUGGUCCGUUGAAGCAGCCCAAAAAGUGGAAGACGAAACCUGGAGUAACUGCAUGGACACGGGAGAGCCUGGAUAGUGAACGAGAAGCAUUUUUUGAUACAAGAGUCACAGGUCGCCCAGAAAUAUGGCUGGCGAUACGAUCCGCGUUGGAAUUGCUAUGGGCAGGUGGUGAUCCUGGGGAUGAAGAUGGCGGUAUCGGAACAGCACAAUCUAUACUUGAUGCAGCUGGAGUAGUUAUGCAACAUGGCGAUAUGACGAAGCUUGUCUACGAUUCUUUUGGUGGUCUCUACGAGUUACCCAAGCACAUAAUUUCCGACCCGGAAAACUUGGCGCCGUCACCUGCUCCUAUGUUGAAAAAUGAUGACGAAAGGAGUAAAGAGGAUGGGGAAAGCGAGGAGAUGGAUGAAGAUGAGGUUCUGAGGCGUAGGGAAGAGAAAGGAAAAGCGGUUAUCAAUGAGGCUGAUAUGGUGGUUGUGAAGGUGCGGUUUAGCGAUGGCGCGCUUCCCGAUCAUAGCCUUAGGCUUGGGAAGGAUGAUUCUGUGCGCUUGCUUAUACGGCGUGUUGUGGAGGAAGUUGGACUCGCUCCACCCAAGAGAAUCAAGAUCGUUUACAUGGGUAGAAUCCUAGUAGAGGGCAAGUCUUUGAUAGAUCAGGGGUGGAAUGCUCAGGAGGAACAUGUUCUUUCUGCGUUGGUGUUUGAUAGCUAA